ACCCUGCGUCAUCAUAAAUCUCAGUUACUUACCUCUCUUUCUUUCUCUCUCUCACACCUUAGGAGAGAUGUGGUAUUAUCACCGUGUAAAAUGAUGAGCCACCAUAGUGUUGAUCUCCAUUUAUGGUGGAGAAUUCUUGCACUUACUCUUCUUGUAUUUGAAUCUUUUGGGCUUAACACAGAUGGUAUUCUGUUGCUUUCUUUCAAGUACUCAGUUCUCAGUGACCCUUUGAGUGUGCUAGAGAGCUGGAACUCCAACGAUGACACUCCAUGUUCAUGGAAAGGAGUUGCAUGUGCAGCUCAAGGCUUAGCCAAUACUACUUCCCCUCGGGUGUCUGGUUUAGCUCUCCAAAAUUCUCAGCUUCUAGGUUCAAUCCCUGCCAAUCUGGGCAUGAUUGAACACCUCCAAAGUCUCAACCUUUCCAACAAUUCUCUCAAUGGGUCUCUUCCUUUCUCACUUUUCAACGCAACCCAGCUCCAGUUGCUUGACUUGUCAAACAAUUUGAUCUCUGGUGAGUUACCAGAGACCAUAGGCCAGCUUCAAAACCUUCAAUUCCUUGACCUCUCAGAGAAUGCCUUGGCGGGAAAUGUGCCCAACAAUCUCACUUCUUUGACUAAUCUAACCACUGUUUCUUUGAAAAACAACUACUUUUCUGGUGUUCUUCCUAAUGGGUUUGAAUCUGUUCAGGUUUUAGAUCUGUCCUCGAAUCUCGUCAAUGGAUCUUUACCUCCUGACUUUGGUGGUUCUAGUCUACGUUACUUAAACAUCUCCUACAACAGACUUUCCGGGAAAAUCCCACCAGAGUUUGCUCAGGAAAUCCCAGGUAACGCCACUAUUGAUCUGUCAUUCAACAAUCUCACAGGACGAAUCCCGGACUCUGAAGUUUUCAUGAAGCAAGAGUCCCAAUCAUUUUCUGGGAAUCCUGAUCUGUGUGGGGAACGAACUAAUCCUUGUCCGAUUCCCUCUUCUCCUUCAUCAGCACCUGAUAAUACCUCUGCCCCUACCUCUCCUCCUGCUAUUGCUGCAAUCCCAAAGACAAUGAACCCAACCCCAGAUACCAUGUCACCCGGGUCAUCUCAGCAAAAUACGCAAAGUGGGCUGAGACCAGCAACGAUCAUAGGAAUUGUACUUGGAGAUGUUGCAGCUCUUGGAAUUCUUGCUUUGAUUUUCUUAUAUAUGUACCACUUAAAGAAAAAGAAGAAAGCCGAGAAUGCACUGAAGAAUGAAGCUAACGCUACAAGGGAUAAUUGGUCAUCUUCAUCCUCUGAGUCAAGAGGGUUCACAAGGUGGUCGUGUUUGCGAAAGACAACUGAAGGAGAAGAAGGCUCAGAGGCCUCAAACUCUGACAACGAACAAGAAAGGCAAAGCGGUCAAAAGAUCAGUCAAGAAAAUCAACGGCAGCAAGAGCAGGAACAAAGCAAAGGAGGGACGCUGGUGAUCGUUGAUGGGGAGAGAGAACUUGAGCUUGAGACACUGUUAAAGGCUUCGGCUUAUAUAUUGGGUGCCACAGGUUCGAGUAUAAUGUACAAAGCUGUGCUUGAAGAUGGGACUGCACUUGCGGUUCGAAGAAUUGGUGAGAGCAGUGUGGAACGGUUCAAGGACUUCGAGAACCAGGUCCGUGUCAUAGCCAAGUUGGUGCACCCCAAUUUGGUUCGAAUUCGUGGGUUCUAUUGGGGGGUCGAUGAAAAGCUCAUCAUCUAUGACUUCGUCCCCAAUGGCAGCCUUGCCAAUGCUCGUUACAGGAAAGUGGGUUCCUCACCUUGCCAUCUACCAUGGGAGUUCAGGCUCAAGAUAGCAAAAGGUGUGGCCCGCGGGCUUGCACACCUCCACGAGAAGAAGCACGUGCAUGGAAAUUUGAAGCCUAGCAACAUUCUCUUGGGCAAUGAUAUGGAGCCCAAAAUUGGUGAUUUUGGGCUGGAGAGGCUCGUAUCGGGUGACACGAGCUAUAAGGCCGGAAUAUCGGCCCGAAACUUUGGAAGCAAGAGAUCCACGGCCUCAAGAGACAGCUUUCAAGAUCUUACAAUUGGGCCAAGCCCAAGCCCAAGUCCUAGCUCACUUGGGGUAUCCCCUUAUCAUGCACCUGAAUCGCUUAGGAGCUUAAAGCCCAACCCAAAAUGGGAUGUGUACUCGUUUGGGGUUAUAUUGCUUGAGCUUCUGACUGGGAAGGUUAUAGUUUUAGAUGACUUGACCCAAGGAACUGGGAUUGUGGUUGAAGAUAAGAGCAGGGCUUUGAGGAUGGCUGAUGUGGCAAUCAGAGCUGACGUGGAGGGCAAAGAAGAGUCCCUCUUGGCUUGCUUCAAGUUAGGGUAUGGUUGUGCCUCUCCAAUCCCAAAUAAAAGACCAGCAAUGAAAGAAGUCCUACAAGUUCUUGAGAAAGUCCCAUCCCCAACUUCAUCAUCACAUUAUUACGGUCCCUAAGAAGAUAGGACACUUUUGUAGAGAGAAGUGUAUGUAUGAUUGACUAAUAGGGUUGUCAUUUGGUUCAAAGUUCUUGUUGUAAUUUCGUGAGGUCAUUGAAUAGAUCUUGUUGUGUGACACUAAUUUUCCCUGCUAA